AUGCCUGGACUCAUCAACAAGGAGAAUCGUUGCGCUCUACCUCUCAGUGUCUCUGACAUCACUUCCUGUGUCAGGGGCUACACUCAGGCCAUGACCGCUUCAAUGACGUAUGAAAAUAUUGAGGAUCAUGCCAUUGAAGGUAUCUUUAUCUAUCCACUGGAGGAAAAAAACAUUGUUGUGGGCUUUGAGGCGAUGAUCUCCAGUCAGAUUAUCACGCUGCAAAUCAAGGACAAAGCCAAGAUUGAUGACUGUUAUCACAAUUCAUGCGGCACACCGAAUGGAGCACCGCCCAGUGGCGUUGGGCAUAUACUUCUGGAUGAGGAUUUGGAGAGGACAGUGCUAGUAGUAAACCUGGGGACCAUCCCUCCCUUGGAGACAGUCCAAAUUCUGGUCAGUACCUCCUGUGAGCUCUCCACUCUGCCCAGCGGGGGCAUCAGUGUGACCACGCCACCAGUGUGCACACCCCGCGUACAAAGGAGCAUCAACGAGGAGCAGGGCUUAUCCCCAAACUUCCCCAGAAUGAGGGAUAAACAUCACUGUGGCUCCAGCCCACACGAUCGUGCUCCCUCGUCAGCUCACUUCUGUUUGUCUGCUCUACUGGCGGAUGAGGCCAUCAACUCCAUGGACUACCAGUUUAAUUUCCAGCUGGAAAUACGAGCACCCUAUCUCCUUGCAGGCGUGGAGAGCCCGUCUCACGCCAUCCGAGCCGACGCUGACCCUUUGGCCCGCUCAGCCACAAGUGUGGUCAUCACUCUGGCAGACAAGUACACUUACGACUGUCCUGUUACGAUCCUCAUCUAUCCGAGUGAACCUCACAUGCCUCACGUGCUCAUAGAGAGCGGAGACAUGACGCAGGAUGAGUAUGAUGAAUUCGUCCAUGGCCGAAGCGACUUCAUCAAAGCCACCAAGAAGGACUCCAGCAAUGAGAGGAAGGUGGAGGCCAUUCACAGACGGCUGCACAAGGACAUCCUCCACAACCCAGUGGUCAUGCUCAACUUCUGCCCCAACCUCAAACCUCUCAGCUCCGACCUGAGGAAGGUGCACGGAGAAUUCAUCUUUCUCAUCGACCGCAGUGGCAGCAUGAGCGGUGUCAACAUUAACCGCGUGAAGGAUGCAAUGGUGGUGAUUCUCAAGAGUCUCAUCCCAGGCUGCCUGUUCAACGUAAUAAGUUUCGGCUCCACUUUCAAAUCUCUUUUUCCCAGCAGUCAGAACUACGAAGAGGAAACACUUGCCCUGGCUUGCGAAUACGUUCGAAAGAUCAGAGCCGACAUGGGAGGCACAAACAUCCUGACACCCCUCAAAUGGAUUCUGAGACAGCCAAUGUUUCCUGGACACCCCCGUUUGCUUUUUUUACUGACUGAUGGGGCGGUGAGCAACACAGGCAAAGUCAUCGAGCUAGUGCGCAGUCAUGCGCGCUACAUCAGAUGCUUUACAUUUGGCAUUGGGCAGCAUGCUUGCAGAAGAAUGGUUCAUGAACUAGCAGCGGUGUCCAGAGGAACAGCUGAGUUCCUGGCUGAAGGCGAGAGGCUCCAACCAAGGAUUAUAAAGUCUCUGAAGAAGACCAUGUGUCCUGUCCUCAGUGACAUUUCCAUCGAUUGGCUCUUUCCUGAGACCAAGGAGGUGCUGCUUUCACCAGUGGGCAACACCUUCCUAUAUCCUGGGGACAGUCUCAUUGGGUACGCCGUUGUUUGCGACGCCACCCGCUACCACGCCAACCCCAAACCUGACAAAAGACGACGAUACAGUAUGAUGCGCUCCGUCGGCUCUGGUAGCUCCGUAUUCUUUCACUCCCAAGAUGAGGACUUGCUGAAGACCUCUGCUGAUGAUCAGGCAUCCUACAAAGAAACAACCAGCGAUUCUCUCCACGACUCCAACCAGGACUCUAUGACGGUUGCCAGCUCUGUCGCCAUGGAAAAUGAAAGUGCGUCGGAGGGUCAGACGUCAGCAAGAAGGCGAGCAUACAGCACCAACCAGAUAACUGAGCACUUUCCUGUGAAGAAAUACACAUCCAGUGAUCCCAGCUCCGUCAUGCCAAAGAAUCCUCUUCGGCGUGCCAAAAUCCAGGAGCUGAUUGGACAAAUGAGCCCGGAGCAUGAGGUCCAGUGGAAGAGAGACUACCAGCCUCAGCUGGUGAGUCUGUGUGCUGCGUCUUCCAAAGAGCAUUCAGCAGGUGUUCCGCUUCGACUCCAGCAUCACCCGUCAGGGGAGGCGGGCUCGGAAAUGCCCACAUCAGCCCCAGUCCGUAACACUGCUGGAGAGGAUGGCUCGAGAUCGUCGACAGACAGUCCAUCUUUGGGAAGUGUGGGAGAUGCAGAAGGAUACAGCCACCAACUGUGUCAGGCUGAAACGCCGCAGGACAACCGCAACGCAGACGUGGGCUCAACGGGCCAGCAGCGACAGGAGUGCAAGGCCUUGGUGUCGGGUCUGCUCUGCGGGAAAGCUGUCCAAUGGCAAGUGCACUUUGACGUCGAGCCCUUCUUGAAGGGUCGCGAACGCGAGGAGAAGGUUCAUGAGGAGCUGUGGAAUGAGACCUUGCACCAUCUGGCUGCAUGCUCCAUCAUCCGCGACUUUGAGCAUAUGGCAGAGCGGGAAUGCGACAUUGAGUAUGGCUCUGGCAGGAAGUACCACAGUUACGCCAUUCAUACCAGCAAAGCCUGCAACAUCCUGAGCAAAUACACCGCAUUUGUUCCCGUCGAUCUGGACACAAAUGAAUAUCUACAGACGUGUAUUGAAUACGUCAACUUUGGUGACGGCUUAAAAAGAAGCUCACGCUCCAGUUCAGGAAGCAGGAAGAGCCAAGCGUACUCCAUUGGACUGGGCCGCUCUCAGUCUGGCGGUGUGUCGGAAGAAGCCGAAGACAUGUCUAACAGUGUAGAAGAUGGCACAUCUCCCUGCAGCACUCCGUCCUCAUCCAGCUGGGAGAAAUGGAACUUUAUAGAAGGGACUCAAAGAAGUCCGUCAGUGACUUCAGACCAGUCUCAGAAGUCUGUGGAGAGUCUUUUUUCUGCCAGGCUGGCACUCAGCAGGACUCGUCUCCUGACAAAAGCCGCCAAAGGGUUCAUGAGUAGAUCCCACAGCAAGUCGGGGGAUUCCAUGGGUGAGAGCGACAACGAGAACAAGGACUACAUUCCUCUGGUGUUGCUGCAACUGGCGUGCGGCGCUUUCCCGCUUGACCCCGCCCUCUGUGACACCAUCAACGUGCCCAUGGACAAGCUCAAGUGGACGUCACCCUUCAGCAGCCACCGCACCAGCCUUGGACACCCGACCCACUCGAGCAGUCGGCGCACCGAAGAUAAUACAGGAUCAUCAGGUGACCCACAAAUCUGUCCCAAAGAUCUUCUCGGACCAGGUGCUCCAGAGACGCCCUCUCUCGUCAGUAUGCAAAAGAGGAUGCUGGACCCGGAGAGCCUGGUGUGGGCGACGGCGGUCGCCCUGGCCUGGCUGGAGCACAGCUCCGCUAGCUACAUCAUCGAGUGGGAGUUGGUGGCCGCCAAGGCCAGCAUGUGGCUGAGUGGCCAGGACAUCCCGGAAGGCCGGGAUGUGGAGUCAGUCAAGGCGGCGGCCAACCAGCUCUUCAUCAUCCUCAGACACUGGGAUGACAACCUGCAGCUGAACAUGCUCUGUUAUAACCCCAACAGUGUGUGA